AUGUCCUCAAAGAUCCUCGAACUGAAUUUUAUAGAUCAACCGAUUUCAAAGCAGAGUAAUUCUCCUAUAUACAGCAUUUUGCAGCAUGAAGACCGUGAGGUAUCUAACCUUCCAAUUAGUCCUAACUUGCUCAAUUUCGCAGAUAAGCAUUUAAAUCAGAAAUAUUACCAAGCUUUAUAUACAUGUAAAGAUGAAUGUACAAAGCCUAGUCCCGAAUUUAAAAGCAAUCUAUUGUGCUUUUAUUUGUUUUUAUCAAUAUAUAUAGCAAUUCUUGUAAUAUUUGCGUUAUUACUGCACUCAGAAGGAAAACUUUCAGACACUCAGCUUGCAUUUCAUCUAAUAUGUUUAGGUGGAAUCGUGCUUUUUGGCUAUGUAUUACUAUUCUGCAUAUAUAAAAGUCAAUGAUUUCUUAUUCAAAACAGAGUAUUUUUUUUGGCUUUAGGCUUGUUAUUUUUUACUUACCUUAUAGUUGGGGACCAAAGAGUUUUAUCAGAAAUUACGGACUCAAAUCAUACAGAAAGCAGACUGCCUAUGUCAAUAGGUAUUGUGUGCUUCUUAGUGCUAUUAAGACUAGUUCUUUUUGAAUGUUUUUAUUACUUAGUUAUUUUAGUAGUUUAUGCUCUAGUGCUAUUUUUGGGUGUGGAGAUCGGUUAUUCUCGAUUAUCAGUAUACUCAACCCUAAGCGAAUUUUGUCUUAUUUGCUUAUUUUUCGUCCUCCAAACUUUCGAUUCCCAAAAGAUUGAUUUUCGAACCCGCCAACUAUUCUGAAGAAAAGAAAAAGAAGAAGAAGGAAUCGAGCACAGCAAAAAAAUCGACGAAAAUACCAACAAAAUUGACAUAAAAUCAGAAACUGAAAUAAUAAUAAAUUCUUGCGACAAAAUCAGGCAAGAGCUAAAAUACGCUUAUCACGUUAUAAUUUUUAAAGAUGUUAAAAAAAGACUAAAACAAGCCAUGGGACUGAUUGAUAAAGUCAAGCGUAGAGUCGCUCAUGGAUCUUUUUUUGAUGAUGUUAAGCUUGAGCAGAGCUUAAAUUUAGAUGAGCAAGACAAAGCAUUUAUCAAAGAAAACUACAUGAAUGUGACUGUUGAAAUGAGCAGAGAAAGAAAUGACAGAAAAGUAACUAUGAGUGAUAUUACAGAAAAAGAAACAGCUUUUCCUUUCCACAGCUACGGAGUAGCAGAGCUGGAAAGUGUUUUGUUUUCAGUAGGAAAAAACUGAAAUUUUGAUAUUUGGUUUGUAUAUAGCCAGAUCCCUGCUUUGGAUCGGGCUUAACUGAUGCUGGGAGGCGUUACUAGGAGCUGAUGGAUCAACAUUUGUUGGCAAAAUCAACUCCCCAGAUGAUGCACACAUUAAUUAAUUGAUUUAAGGGUUUAAGUCCUCCGUUUAACCACAUAACCUGCAUGGGCUUCCUUCCUGCUUCGGGGUUCCCUACUCCUUCUUCGUAUCGUGCACCUUUCGAUAUCAAGACUGUAUGGCCCCUAAACUUCGGGCGACGGCUGUCUUUCUAGUUCUUCGGGACCAAACAUGGGUUGCAUGCACAGAAAUUUCCAAAAAUGGAAUUUCUGGCCGACUAUCAGCAAAAGUUCCAACUCAGAGCAAAAAGCAUAACUCUUGGUUUCACUCUAGGAGUUAUUCAGAGUAUCAAAAGAUGCUGCUGGGCUUCCCUUUCUAGCUCUAAGUCCCACAAGAUAAAAUCAAUCCUAAAAGAGACUUGGAUCAGGCUAUGGACGCUGUCGGAAUUUCUGGGUUGGCAAAACCUUGCCGGAUAUAAUUAAGCAUGUGCUCGGGGCUGCAUGGUCGGAAAACCCUGCCCAGGCCAAGACACCUAUUUAAUUAUCAACUCCCAAGAUUAAAAAUUCUCUUGUAUUGGCUUUUUUCAUCUUGGGAGUUGAAUUUGCCAGUAAACUUUAGUUCAUCUGACGCCUCCCAACAUCAGUCAAGCCCGAUCCAAAAAAGGGAUCGGGCUAUAUAAUACGACUGGGCAUAGUAUUUUUAUAGUUGCAAAAUAUCUGCUUCAAAAGUGGAAUCUAAUGGAAAGUUUCGCAAUUCCAGAAGAUGUAUGUGAUAAAUAUUUUCAGACUGUAGAAAAAGUAAUAAUUAUUUAGGGAUAUAAUCAUAACCCAUAUCACAAUGCCUGCCACGCUGCUGAUGUACUGCACACGAUGCUAUUUUUUUGCCUCAAUGGGGAAUUUCUAAAAAAUUUGAGUCCUCUUGACACUAUUUCUAUAAUAGUUGGGGCUUUAGGCCACGAUGUAGGCCAUCCAGGCGUUACAAAUAGAUUCUUACUCCCCCGCUCCGUGAGCGAUCAAAAAUUUUUUAUCUGAAUUGGAAUUUAAAGGGAAAAUUGCUAUAAAUUUUAUAUUAAUAAAAAAAUUAACCCGUGAGUGAACAAAAUUUUUUUUUCGCUCAAAGAGAGGAGUUAGUAAAUAAUCGAGAUGAAAUCGCAAUCCAGUAUAACGACAAUAGUGUAUUAGAAAACAUGCACUGCUUUAAAAUAUUCAGCAUGAUGGCAAAAACCGGCUGCAAUAUAUUUGAAAAAUUGCAGCCUGACGACUGGGCUAAAGCAAGAAAACUCAUCAUUGCGAUCGUCCUUGAAACAGACAUGUCAAGGCAUUUUGAAAUUUUAGGGAGGUUCAGGACAAGAGCUCUCAGCCUUCUAGACUUAAAUUUGGAGAACCAAGACGACAAAACUUUGAUUUUAUCAAUGGGCCUUAAAUGUGCAGAUAUUGGCCACAGUGCAAAACUCAAAGACUUGCAUGAAAAAUGGACCGAGUUGGUAUGUGAAGAAUUCUUUAAGCAAGGAGAUGUAGAAAAAUCAAGAAAACAGCCAGUUUCUAUGUAUUGUGAUAGAGAAAAUACAGAUUUGCCCAAAAGCCAGGCUGGGUUUUUGAAAAAUAUUUGUAUACCACUGUUUGAGGUUUGGUGCCAAUUUUUGAAGUCUGAGAUGAUUACAAAGCUGUGCUUGGAGCAAGCGAAGGCAAAUUAUAACUAUUGGGAAGACAAAGGAAGAAUGAGAAGGUCUACAGUCGGAUAUAGCGGGGCUGUUGUUAAAGAUGUUGAUACGGAGAGAAAACAGUUGUUGGGCUCAUCUGAUAUUGGAGUUAGGCGACAGUCUUAUCAAAGCGAUCACUAA